AAGCUAACAUUAUCAUCAUCUUAUUUUAACUUUUAAUAACAAUAAUUAUUAUAAACUAUAAAUAGAGAUCUUGUUAUUCGUGCUAUAAUUUUACUCGAAUUUCUCAUAAAGUUUCUCUAUUUAUACCAAACAAUCAUAAACAUUUGAACUUAAGAGAGAGAAAAAGAGACAAGGGGGCAAUCAUAUAAUGGCUUCGCUCUGUGGUGUUGUCCCUUUUACUCUUUUACUACUCUUUGUUAGUUGUAGUGCUCGGCCUAUAUAUCAACUUCCUAGCAAACAUCAUAAAGAACCCUUGCAAACUUCGCGUCCCUAUAACGUUGCACAUCGAGGUUCUAAUGGAGAAUUUCCCGAAGAAACUUCUGCUGCAUAUCUGAGAGCUAUAGAAGAAGGUGCAGAUUUCAUAGAAACAGACAUCAUAGCCACAAAGGAUGGUGUGCUUAUAUGCCAUCAUGAUGUUAACCUUGAUGUUACCACUGAUAUCGCCGACCACAAGGAGUUUGCCAACCGCAAAAGAACCUAUGAGGUCGAAGGUGCCAACAUCACGGGAUUUUUUACUGUUGAUUUCACAUGGAAGGAACUUCAAACUUUGAGAACAAAGCAAAGAUAUUCAUUCAGGGAUCAACAAUAUAAUGGAAAGUUCCCGAUCAUUACUUUCGAGGAGUACAUAACCAUUGCUCUUGAUGCUCCAAGAGUUGUUGGGAUAUACCCAGAGAUGAAAAGCCCUGUGUUUAUCAACAAACAUGUGAAGUGGGCUAACGGCAAGAGGUAUGAGGAUAUUUUUGUGGAGACCUUGAAAAAGUAUGGUUACAAAGGCUCAUAUUUAUCAAAAGAUUGGCUAAAACAGCCUUGUUUUCUUCAAUCAUUUGCUCCAACUUCAAUUGUCCAUAUAUCAGAUCAAACUGAUCUGCCUAUAAUAUUCUUGAUUGAUGACGUAACUGUGCUAACUCAAGAUACCAACCAGACUUACUGGGAAAUCACUUCAGAUGCUUAUUUAGACUACAUCAAAAAAUAUGUUGUUGGUAUUGGACCUUGGAAAGAUACAUUGGUUCCAGUGGUGAACAAUUAUAUGCAAGCUCCUUCGGAUCUAGUUGCCAGAGCGCAUGCGCGUGACUUGCAGGUGCAUCCUUAUACCUACAGAAACGAGAACCUGUUUCUGCAUUUUGACUUCAAUCAAGAUCCGUACGUUGAAUAUGACUUCUGGAUAAACAAAAUUGGAGUGGAUGGCCUAUUUACAGAUUUCACAGGCAGUCUUCACAACUUUCAGGAAUGGACAACACCUCUCUCCAUGAGCCAUGAUGUUAAUGGCUACUCGACAUACUUGUUGCAUAAGAUUGCCAAAAUGUUGAGAAUGUAUCAUUGAUUAUUCUUUUAGAUGUCUACAACAAAAAGAUAGAUUUUGCAGCAUUUAAUUAGAGAUGUGUAAAGUGCCAUUCAACCAAGUUCUUUCUAUGAAGAUUCAGACAUUUCUUUCAAAAAAGCUAAUAAAAGAUUCACAUGAUUUCUGUUCUAUUGAAAA